UGGCAUUUAUCUCCUAGGGGGUUCUUCCGGUUGCGCGUAGGGAUCCCGGGCUAUAUAAGGGAACCGGGACGGAACUACUUCCUCUCUCUGGUCCUCACUUCCAAGAUGACCAAGAAAAGAAGGAACAACGGCCGUGCCAAGAAGGGCCGCGGCCACGUGCAGCCUAUUCGCUGCACCAACUGCGCCCGAUGCGUGCCCAAGGACAAGGCCAUUAAGAAGUUUGUCAUUCGAAACAUAGUGGAAGCCGCCGCCGUCAGGGAUAUCUCCGAAGCGAGUGUCUUCGACGCUUAUGUGCUUCCCAAACUGUAUGUGAAGUUGCAUUACUGUGUGAGUUGCGCCAUUCACAGCAAGGUGGUGAGGAACCGCUCCCGGGAAGCCAGGAAGGACCGCACACCCCCGCCCCGGUUUAGACCCGCAGGUGCUGCUCCGCGACCUCCACCAAAGCCUAUGUAAGAAUUGUGACCUGAAGGAAAACAGUGUUGAAAAAAUAAAAUGGAGAUUACACUGUAAA